AGUUCAACUCAAGGGCACCUGCUUCGGCCUGGGCCCAUGCUGCUCGCGCCUUCUGGCCUGCUGAGCAGCAAAUGGAUGACUGCAGCAGGUGAAGCGCCCACAAGAGGCGGCUGCAGAGUUUCAUAAUGGUAAUGAGAUGGCUUUGCCUUCUGCUCUUGGCCUGGCCAGCGCGGUCUGACUACGCGCCGCAAGGCAGCGAUGAAACAGUCUUUGAGGAGGAGCCGAACGGCACGGAGCCGGUUGAGGAGGAGCUUAUCAUUCAGGCGACCCAAUCUUCGGGCAGCCUGGUGGUGUCCCAGGGCAGUGACUUGGUUUUGGCGGACGUCUUCCAGCUGGCAUCGCAGGAGGUGGCCUGGAUGAAGCCCAGCUACUUCCGGCUGGACCUGCUGCUGGCGGAGGGCCUCAGCUUCCGGAAGCCCCUGCCGCUGCAGUGCCUCGCGGCCCGGGAGCUGAAGCAGGUGAACCCUGUGGAGGAGGUGGCCGAUGAGGAGGUGUCCGUCUUCAGUGACGCAUUGCUGCCGCAAAGAAGGCUUCAGUUGCAUGCGCCGGUCGAGAUACUGCAGAAGUGCCUGCAGUCCCUCACGGCGCACGUGCCGUGGAACGCCCCCAUCACAGUGGCAGAAGAUGAUUUCCCGGGCCCCGACCUGAUGUCCACUGUGCCCAUGAACGGCUCCGUGGGUAUCAACUCCUCGGCCAUGGAGGUGCUCCUCACCUUUAACGACUGGGUGCAGCCUGGGGAGGGUGACAUCCAGAUUAUAGACUGCGGCUUUGAUGAUCUAUGUGGCCAGGUUGGAACUCUUGAUGACUCGGUGGUGAACAUUUCCGUGCACGACACGCGCUCUGUGAUCUUCUUCAAGAACCUCGUGUGGGUGAGGUAUUCUGGACUUGUGGACUUGCACCAGCACCUGUUCCAUGUUCCGGAGGGUUCUAUCAAGGACAUCUCAGGCGUCAGCUUCCGGGGCUUGGCAGCGGAAGACUACACUUUCCGCACCGGUCCCAUUCUGGAAGGAACGUCUUCGAACAACGACUCUAACUCCACCAGCGACCCUGUUUUCACGGUUGAGCUGCCGCUGGAGACGAACCCAUAUGUCAAGUCCACCCGCCCGAUAUGGGCAGAAGCGGGAGCAAACCCGGUCAGACCUGAGGAGGAGCCCGACAUUCCGUUCUAUGUGGAGCGUUGCUACUUGAACGAGACGAACUGCAGCAGCUAUAAUGGCAGCAACUGCUCGAGCUGGGAGAACGUUUCUACUCUAGGGGUGUGCGGCCUGAAUGAGCGCAGCGGCAUGGGCUUCCUGCCUCUGGAGCAGCUGCAGCUCUGGCGCAAGCCCUGGCACUGGCUGCAGGCGGCUGCCGAUGGCAGCUCUCUGCUGGUCCAGUUGGAGGUGAAGACGGCGAACUCGCCGGUCCUCAUCAAAGCCAGAUCUCAUGUGCUGAAUGCCACGGCGGGCGUGGCAACCCUGCUGGCCACUCUCGAGGGGGAGGAGCCUUUCACGUUGGAGGACGACGAAGCCACAACUUUGUACGUCGAGGUCAUUCUGGAGCCAUACGGGGAGAUCAGUGUCUCACCGACUGCUUGGCGGAGGUGGGGUGGCCGGGUAAACGUGACUUUCGACUUUCCGCGGGUGCAGCCGGACUGGGGAUCGCUUGGGCAGGGCAACUUCUCCACUACGACGGUGGAGGGAAGACCUGCCUCGAGCCUCAACUUCCAUGGCGGCCUUCAGUCGGUGCAAGCGGCGCUGGGGAACCUCACCUACACGGCGCCCAGGGACUUCCAGGGACUGGCGCUGAUGAAGGUGGUGAUCAGCGAUGGCGACUACCUACGAGAUGAGCUGCUGCUGGUCCAAGUGGCGCCGAAUCCUCAGGCUCCUGCAGCUGUGGGCGUGCCUGGCAACGUUGCAUCUAUCCCGAGCAUUCUGACACUGUACAACUUCUCCUCCACCGCAGAAAUGGAGCCGCAGGUCAGUUUACGCCACGGGGGUGCCCAGACGGCAAUGGCCAACACGGCCCACCAUGUGAAUGUGACUGUGGUGGCAGAUCUGGACUCCGAGGAUUCUGCGCGGGUGUAUGUGAAGGCGCCGUUUGGGCAGCUCAGCUUCCCGGAGCUGGACGCCAUCAUGGACGAGGCGGGCCCUGGCUUGACGGAGUUCUUCGCGGACGGGGAGUACGACGCCACGGAGGCGGAGUUUGUGUCGAAGGCCUCAGCCCGGGAUGGCGUGUGGCCCCGGAUCUCGGCGUACGAGUCCCCGGUGGGCGCCGGCUUCACCGUGGUGGGGACGGUGGCGGCGCUGAAUCGGGUGCUCGGGCAGCUCCAGUUCACGCCCCCCGCAGAUUCCCCCAACUCAGGGUCCCUGGAGGUGAGCUUGCUGCGGACGCCUUCGGUGGAGGAGUAUGAAACAACGUUUCCCCUGGACGAUGGCCCAGUAGCAGUUGGCAAUUUGGCGGUGGAGAUCGGGGCCCUGUCCAAAUCCCAAUACACCUGCUUCAUUGGGGGUCCAGCGGCCACCUUUGUGAACCUGGGCGAGGAUGCGCGGAACCUGGGUGUGACGGUUGAGCCGGAGGUUUCGGCUUCUGCCAAAGUCACAACUGCCAUUGCUGAUGAGCUGCAUGAGUUCCGCGUGUCUGUGCAGCGGGGGAGCGUCAGCCUGGAUGUCAACAAGUUUCCAGCUGCCCGUAUUUGUCCACCAUUCUUUCCCGACGUGGGAGGCUGCGCUGUGGACGAGGCUGAUGCUUGGGUGAUCUAUGGACGGAUUGCAGAUGCUGCGCUGGCGAUAGAGUCCUUAGUCUACACAGGCCCAUAUGGGUAUUCUGGCCAGGAUCGCAUGCGCAUCACUGGAAGCUGCUCAGAGGUGGGUUUAGAAGUGCUACUGAACAUCAUCAAGAGCUACCUGCCUCCCGCGAUCCGCUGUUGCGAGGACUCAGGGAUGGAGGUUCACCAGGGCGUGGAGCCUGCCGCAGUUCCCCCCUGCGCCCUGGACAACAACGCCUAUGGCGAGAUCCCUUCAGUGGCACAGGUGACGUACAGCAGCGAUAUCGGGCAGCUUGCCUUUUGGCCAGUCGAAGGCCUGUACUUUGACCGCGGUAUGGAAGCCUCUCCUAUGCACAAUGUCUCCUCACAGAUCGUGGCCAGCGGCCCCGGGGAGGUGAUGCGCCGGAACCUGGGCUCGAAGUUGGCGCUGCUCCACAUCCCAGAGACGGAGACGCGGCUCUUCGGGCGCCUGGUGCUUGAGGUUCUGGAUGUACGGUCCGGGCUGUCCUCGACCGCAAGCUGUCCCAUCCAGGUUAUCCCUGGGAGGAUGGAGUACCAUGACAUGCCGGUGCCUGCUGAUGACACCACUACCGACCAGGAUUCCGGUAUGCAGAACAGCACGGAGAAGGAUGCGAUGGUAGAACAGGCGGUUUCCACCGCGCCGGUGGUGCAGCUCCGGGUGCUCAGCGCCUCCGCCGUGGUGGAGGCGGCGGGCUCGGUGUAUCUGGCGGCGCUGGCGCUGGCCGCGGACGCGGAGCGGGGGCUCAAUGCGGUGGAGGGUGACUUGGAAGUUUGGCUUUCCAGCGGCCAGGGCGUGCUGGAGAUUGACGUGGCAGCUUUGGUUGGAUCCAACAGCGCCUACCUGGCAGACGCGAGCGGCGGGUCGCUGACCACCUCAAAGCUUGAACAGGACCAAGUGGCGGAAUCUGGUAUGGCAAUGGGUGGACAGCCUUUCCGCGUUCCAUCUGCCAACUCUCGCUUGGCCUACGUGGACCCCUCGCGGCCUGUGGACCCGGAGAACCGGACCCUCCUCGACCCAAGAGGGCCUCAGCGGCCAUCGCGGGUGCUGUGGAGUGGGCGGAGCCUGCAGCUGAGAGGCUCGGCGGUGAACUUGCACCAGACGCUGAGCAGCGUGAAGUACACCGCCGAUGAGCAAGCUGGCGGGUGGGACACCGUGACGGUGACAAUGGGCCGGCAGAAAGGGGAGGUGCCGGUGUACAUCAUCCGCCGGGCCGGGGCUGUGGUGCUCAAGGGCCGGCCCUUGGAGCGGCUGACCGUGGGCCAAAUCCUCAAGCCGGAUAUCCGCCUGGAGCUGAGCCCGCUGGUGCGCGCAGAGGAUACCUUCAGCGCGUUGGUUGCUUGCAGCCACUGUGGCCUAGCACUUUGGAUGUAUGCGAAUAAGAUGGAGGUGAUUAGCUCGUCCUUGGAGUUUGCUGGCAACACCUCGGAGCUAGAAGCGUUCUUGGCGGAUUUGACCUACGUGCCGGAGGAGGGCUUCACGGGCACCGACUGGCUGCAGGUCUUCGUGCAGGGGGGUCGCCUGCAGGCGGCCAGCCAGGUGGCGUCCAGCGCGGAGCUGGGCAUGGCCGUGUCGGUGGAGCAGGUGGAGAAGGUGGUGCCACCUGCGGCGGUGCUCAUGCCCGAGCGCUUCAGCAUCUUCGAAGACUCAGCCACCGACCCUCAGAUCCAGAUCCGCGUGGCGAUGGUUGCGGCAGAGCCCUCUGACGUGGACGACGACACAGACUGCCUCAAUGCGAGUGAGGCAGACAUGUGGCUGCCGCAGGACCCGCUCGCACUGCGCGGCUCCGUGCAGUUGGGAAGCUUCGCCCUGGAGGGUAUCAGCUCCAUGCCGCGGCUGCGUACAAUGACCUCUUGCCCGGAUGAGCUGGCAGGGGACCAAGGACAUGCGACGGAUGGCCACGAGCAAUUGCAAACGUUCGCGCAGCUGGUGGACGGCCAGCAGGUGGCCCAGUUUUGCGUGAAGGGCCAUCCCCUGGCGCUCUCGGAAUUCGCAUCCCGGCUGCGCUACCAGCCGGCGCAGCACUGGGCUGGCAGCGAGCCCAUGAGGAUUACUCUCACUGCGGCGGAUGAUGCACACGUGGUGCACGCGGCUGCUCAGAGCUGGGUCCUGGUGCAGAGCGCCAACGACCCCCCCAGCAUCACAGCCAUCCAGCCGGCUUUUGAGGUGCAGAUUGGAAACAGCGUCCAGUUGGCGGGCAUCAAUAUCUCUGAUGCAGACAUGAGCGACACAACCCGAUGGAUGACGUUGUCAGUGGCUGCUUCCAUUGGCCGUCUCUAUGUGGAGGACUCCUUUUUGCUGGCCCCCACCGGCACAGUGGAGCCCCUCAGCGGGCGCUUGGACGGGGACUUCUCUCUGCGCGUCCAGGGCAGCGGCCCGGACCUACAGGCCUUCGUGGAGAAGUUGCGCUUCAGCAUGUCAGCGCCGCCUAAGCCGUACCUGGCACCCCGCCCGCUGGAUCAGCCUGAGACAGAGGCCAUCAUCUCCUACAUCCUCUCGGACACCCUCGGGCCGCAAGCAGCGGCGCUGCGGCGGCACCAGGUGGCUGGCAAGGUGGUGAACCCCCAAACGGACGAGCCUGUGGCGGGGGUGGACGUGCUGCUUCUGGCCACGGACACUUGGCACGACUACCCGGGAUACACGAUGCUGAGCGGCUGCGACGUUGAGCUCAAGGGAUGGGACAUUCCAGACUGCAAGACCUACGCGCUGAACCACAGCUAUCCGGGUUUCAGCAUUGGGCUUUAUCGUGUUGGAGGGGCCCUUGCAUGCUGUUUUAAAACAGCCGAUGCCGAGACUAUCCUUACAAACCUGGUGUUCGACGACACCGCCAGCGUGCAUAUAUUCCAACCUGGUGGAUAUACUGUACGCACUCAAACUAGCGCCUUGGGAGUCUAUGCCGGGAUUAUGCCAACAGGGCCGGCAGAAAUCUACUUUGAGAAGUACCUGUAUGCAUCGCGGAACUUGAGCAUCUGGGUGAGCGACAACAUCCAAGUAGGUGGCUCUGCAGACAUCUACCUGCAGGCCCUGGCGGUGGUGACGAUUUGGCGCUUUGAGGUGGACUGGAGCUCCUCGAGCCCAGUAGACUUGGACGCCCACUCCUUUGACCCCUGGGACUGCCACGUCUACUUUGCCAACCGCCAGUGCAAGCACGUUGGAAGCCAUGGGCUUACAGUGACUCUGAACCGAGACAGCCGCGACGUUCUGAAUGGCAAGGAGGUCAUCACCGUUCACCAAUGGCCAUGCGACGCUACGCAAGCAGCCAUCGGAGGCUACCGGGACGUUUGGAGCUGCCUGACCUACUUCUGGGUGCAGGUCUUCUCUCAGAACAACUUCGCAGACGUCCAGGGCAAGGUCAGCAUCUUCCGUGAGGGUUUGCUUCUCGAAGAGGUGCAGCUACCCACGACAGCGGACAGCUUCUGGGUCGGCUUCGUUCUGGAUGCGGGCAGCAGCAUCGUGACGUCCCAGAAUCAAACAGGUGGCUCUGAGGCUGUCGAAGGCUUUGUCUCCGGCAUGUACCUGUCAACUUUCCAGAUGCCACCAGCGCGGGAGGUGCGACGCCUAAGCCAGGCUGGCCGACAAGUUCCUCAUUGGCAAGAGCAACUUCGCAAGGAGCUGUCAAGCGAGAAAGAGGCUGAUGUUGCGCAAGUGGAUUACCACAAGCUGGGCGGCACAAGGAUCGUCGAUGCCAACACGAUCUCCGGGGAUGGUUGCAGCGCCACCUGCCAGAUCGAAGCUGGCUUUCUGUGCGAGGGCGGAACUGAGAUGGUGCGAGACUGGUGCCAUCCCAAAUGCGGCGAUGGGCUGAGGGUGCCACAUGAAGGCUGUGACGAUGGCAACACGGAGGACGGAGAUGGAUGCUCCUCUGAAUGUCAGAUCGAGACGGGCUACGCAUGCCAUGGAGGCUCUUCAAGAAGCACAGACACAUGCAAUCCCACCGUUUGCGGCGACGGCAUCGUUGAGGGAGCGGAGGAGUGCGACGACUUCAAUGACUUUGGGGGCGGGGGCUGCUCACCAAGCUGCCUGCGAGAGAGCAAAGAGGUGGCAUCCGCUUCUGAGACGGAGGUGAGGGUUACUGUCCGUCCCCUCGCACAAGUUUGCAGGAUCUACAACGCUGGGCGGCACCAGACGCUGGAAGACACGACGUAUCAUCUGCAGCAAACACUUCUCACUGGCGAUGUGACCAACUUGACAUCUCUGCAGAUUCGCAUUCAAGUGGUGGAUGGCUCCAUUGCUAUGAAGCCCUUGAUCGACUUCUACCUUGCGCGCGGGAGGAACGACUCAACAUGGGAGGCCAUUGUCGAGCGUGAGACCGGGGUUCGCUUCUACCCAUACUCCGACAACAUGAAGGACACCAUCCUGACGGGAUCCCACUUCCAAGCGAGCCGCUUCUUGAGGCUCUACUUGUACAUCGAGCCGGAUCGGAACUUCUUUGGCAACGUGCAGGUGGAUUUCACGGUUGUUUCGGGAAUGGCUAUGAAUCAUGGUGCAGAGGAGUGCACCCACGGUGUGGUCAUUGAGGUUGAAGCUGUGCAUGACGAUCCUUUGCUGGUCACGGUCUCUGAAGACGUCCAGUCGAAUGGAUUCCAGUGCGUGGCUGGCUCCAGUUCCUGCUCUUUGGCUGGCCUCUCUGUUUCGGACCCGGACUGUGAGAUGACGGUGGAUGGGUCCUGCUUCUUGCGAGUCGAACUCAAUGUGACGCUUGGCUUCCUGCGGCUGCCCGGACAUCCGGAUGGAUGGCAGGCGGUCUUCCCACCUCUCAUGGGCCACGCGCCAGGGCUCAAUGCUGCAUUGAGCCGGUUGGCCUACUUUCCUCCAGCUGGACCAGCCGGCGAGGAUGCGUCCUUGAAUUUCACGGUGCACCGGGUAAUUCAGCGCACUAUGGCGACACCCCCUGCCCUGCAGCCAGCCGUGGCGUCCCGGAGCCUGCCAGUGCACGUCUUGGCGGCGGACACUGCGCCAACUGUGAGCUUGGCCUCAGGCGGCGCAUUCCACGGUGCAAUCUUUGAGAUCACGGGCGCGAAGCCUUUCAGGUUUUCAGACAUUGUCUUCGAGCCGCCGGGCGCCAUAGACACGACUUGCAUCAUUGAGCUUGAGGUUUCCAGAGGAUACCUCUUCCUCGGCGACACAGAGGGACUUUGGUUUGCAGGCGGCACAAUGAACGGCGAGUCCAAACUCCGAUUUGUGAGCAACAGCACCGACAUCCGUGAAAGGUUCUUGGCGGAUGUUCGCUACACCUGGGAUGAGCACGACUGCGCCACCUUGGAGGAGUUCAACAUCACAGUGGAUAGCGGGCACCACCCGCCCCUGACCCUGGCCGCCAUGCUGGUCCUGCCAGACUGCCAAGGCUUUCAGGCGCAGUGGACGGGCGGCUCACUGAACAUGGAUGAGGACACUGAAAUCUCCAUCGGGCAUCUGCAUGUGUCAACCCAUGACCCACAUUUGUUCCUCAUCGUGGAUGUCAAGCACCCAGGGCACGUACCAGGUGAUUGCAAGGUCGUCCGGUGGCCGGAAGCUGUCAGCAGUUUUGUCCCUGGCCGGGAGUGCCACCUGGAUGGCCUGGUCAACGGCUUGAAUGACGCGCUGCCGUUUUUGGUAUACAAACCGCCGCCCGACUUCUUCGGCCACGUGCAGCUGGAGUUUGUCCUCUUCAGGGCGGAGGUGAGGGACGAGCUCCUGGGACUGGACUUCCGCAGCUCCAACUCCAGCUUCCUGGUGGACAUCGAGGUGGCUGGGGUCAAUGAUGGGCCCAUGCUGGACGUGUUCCUGGACUCGUACACCCUCAAGGAGGAUCUUGAAGAGUACCUGGUUCUGGGGCCACUGUUUGUGAGUGAUAUCGAUGCCGGCCAGCACCCUCUAAGCUUCAAGUUCGAGCUUUUUUCCAGCCACGAGGGGAAUCUACUGAUGCUCUGUGGCUUGGAGGGCGUGCAGAUUGAGGAGCCUCGGGGCCAUCUCAACGAGGACGGCUGCUUGGAGAUGGGCACGGCACUGGUCCACUUCAACACCACGGUGGAGAACUUCAAUAGCAUGCAGACGGGUCCAGGACGGCUGCAGUUUAAGCCUGCCCCGAACUGGCAUGGCUUCGCGAGGGUCAACAUUACGGUUGAUGACAGAGGCAGCGGCCACGGGAACGAGUUCCACCUGCUUGUGGAGCGCUCGCUGUACCUCGUGGUGGAGCCUGUCAUCGACAAGCCUGAGCUCUCGCACCUGUGCACGGAGGCGAUGCCCUUCCUCACCUAUGGAAGGACUUGCCUGGAGGUCCGGGAGUGUUUCGCCUUGAACGCCACUGCGGAUUCUGCGGACCAAACCAUUUCCUUUUGGCUGGUCAUCGAGGCGAGCGACCCUGGGGUGAGCAUCUCCCUGGAGGACCGGGCGCCCUUGCAGGUUUGGCGAGAGGGCACUUCGGAGCUCCAAGCUGCUGGGCUUUACAGCAACAUCCAGGAGGCGCUGCGGGCUUUGAUAUUCCACCCACCUCCGCAGAUCUUUGCGGGCCCAGAGGAUCCGGAUAUUUUCGAGUUCAACAUCAGCAUCACCGCGUAUGCCCUGGGGCAGCGGUUCAACGAGCCCUUGCCAUUCAACCCUGGCACACCAGGCGCUCGCCCCGAAGGCUUCCCCAGCGACAUGAUCGAGUUCCCCGUGGUGGUGCGCCGGGUGAACCGGCGGCCCUUCUUCUUCGUGGAUGUGCCCCAUUUCUCCGUGAGCCAGAUGCAGGACGAUGUGCGGCUUUACGGCGUCACAGUGGCAGACCCGGAUGCACGGCAAAACGAUGACAUGGAGGUGGAAAUCCUUGUGGAUUCGGACUCCCGGGGGGGCGCGGUGGCAUUCGCUGGCGAACGAGGCACACGCAUACAGAGGAGGAUGAAGUUGCGAGAGUUGAACCGGGCAUUGCAAGAGCUCACCUUCGUAUUCGAGGAUGCAAAUUGGUUCGGGGUCACGGGGAUCUCCGUCUCAGUGUCUGAUGUUGGCAAUCGUGGCUGGCGAGUGGAUCACUAUGCAGAAAUGUUUCGCGAAGACAUUGACCCGGAGGCCCAGGUCUUCUAUGAUGACCACAAUUUGUUCGAGCAGUGCGUGGCCUAUGACCGCUCUCUCUUAGGCCUUGCAGCCGCUGGGGGUGCAGGAGCCACUGGGCAGCCCUACGUGUGGCACUCCCCGCAGGCCUAUGCAAAGCUGAUGCGUGAGACGCAUGCAUACACAUUAGCAGGCGUGAACAGCACGGAGUGGGGGCCUUUGAUGGCAACCACCUUCCUGGCGGUUCACCGCAGCUUUGUCAAUGAACCGCCGCGCAUCGUGCUGCUGGAGCCACAGUCGGGAGUUCUGAACGUCUUCGAGGACCACGCCAACUUUGCAUCUUUCCUGGUGAGACACAAGGCGGCUGAAUUUUUGGUCGAGCGCACACUGUCGAUUUUCUUGACUACUUCGCACGGCAGAGUGCAGUCCAUCUCCUCAUCUGCCACUGCAAAGUCCUCUGUAGAUGGCAAGCGGCUGGAAUACAGAGCUAGCCUUUUCGAACUGAACAAGUUUCUGGCGCAGCUUCAAUUUGCGCCGGAUCCAAAUUACAACGGCGCAGACGAGCUAGUCAUUCUACUGACUGAUGAUGAAUAUGCCGUCAACACCAGCGUGCCUAUUGAGAUAGCCAGCUUGAGCGACCCACUUUCCAUCAUUUGUCCGCCAGCAGUGGACCUCUUUGAGGGACAGCAUGUUGUACCCAUUGGCGACAACAUCUCUAUCCGUGACUACGAGCCGAUCCCUGGCUCGAGUGACGACGACAGUCAGGUGGCCGUUGAGAUUUUCGUAGGCGCGGGCGGGCUCCAUCUGCAGCUGGAUCGGGUGCUUCCAGAGAUGCACGAGGAGCUCAGCCAGGUCAGCAACGACAGCAUGCAGCUGAAUCGUUCCACUCCAGGUGUGCCCGGCUUCAUCUUCAACACGUCGCUGGCCGUCUUCAGAGCUGCCUUGAAGGCCCUGAGCUUCACGCCGUACCCCGAGCUGUAUCAUGGAGUUGUGCACCUGGAGAUUCGGGUGGCUGCGCAGGAAACCCACGAGCGCACCAAAUGUGAGAUCGGGUUGAUCGUGCACCCUGUCAACACACCACCCGUGAUCCGUGUCGACGACAAACGCCUUCUGGCCGGGACAAAUGGGGGCAUUGUGAAACCGCACAAAGAGAUUCCUCUUCAUGGAGUCAUCCAGCUGUCAGAUCCAGAUGAAGAGGACUUCUCGGGUGGUUGGUUCGUUGAGCGCGUCCACUCUGCUCGACUCCAGCUGCGCGCAUCCUGCGGGACCAUCUCAUUUCUUAUUGCAGGGCCACAGGACUAUGUCUUUGGUGUGCAGAAUGGCUCCAUUGCGGGCACGGAAGGCAUCACCUUCCACAGUGGCGAUGGGUUUCAUGACACAGACAUGGACAUCACCUCCACUCUGAAAAACCUGAACUUGCAGCUGGGGCGGCUGUUCUACCAUUCUGGCGGUGGCUGCCGUGGACAGAACAUCACCAUCUCUGUUGAGUUGGAUGACCUCGGCAACUUCGGUGCCAGCAUGGAUGAGAUGGGGAACUAUGGCCACCCAUACCCGAUUGUGGUCACCAACCAGGUGCAGUUCCAGGUGUCCGAGUACUAGGUGGUGAGUGCCUCACGCGCGAAGCGCAGUGUGUGCCUAGUGGCCUAGUGGGCCAUGAUGAUGCGGCACAGCAAACAUUCUUUUUUGUUUGCCGCUCUCCGGAAGAAGUGGCUUGGUGCUAUUUUGCCGUGGAAAGCACUGUUUUCAGAUGGUUCCCCUUGCCUUGCCUCGGCUGCUAAUGAUCCAAGAUGCUGAGCGCAUCCGUCCAAUCUCGUGGCCCUAAGGGCCCUGAGCUCCCUAGGGGCUGUUGUGAUGCAAGG